GUUGGUUCUGCAGUUGGUCCUGCAGUUGGUCCUGCAGUUGGUCCUGCAGUUGGUCCUGCUGCUGGUUCUGCUGUAGGUCCUGCUGUAGGUCCUGCUGCUCCGGGACUGGAGGAAGGGUGGGAGCAGGAGCAGAAGUAGGGAUGGCGAUGGGGGUGGCGGUGGUUAUGGUUAUAGUGGAGAGGGCGAGGAGGGCGGCCAGGGCGGCUGUUUUUGUUGUCGUCGUUUGGAGGUGCAUGGUUGGUUUUCUUUUCUUUUUCUGUUUGUGGAAAGAAGAAAAGGGAAAAGGUGGGUUUGAUUUGUGGGUUUGUUGAGUUGGGUUUGAUUUUUGUUGGUUCUAUAGAUUAUAUAGGUAGGGUUGUG